AUGAAUGAAACUACAGACAAACUUAACUCUUCUCUCAUUCUUCCUUUCAGUAAGGACUAUGAGUUCUGUUCAAAUGGUGUUUAUUUCUAUUGUGGAAAGAUGGGUUCAGGUAAGACAUUUAACCUCAUUCGUCAUAUACUCAUAACAGAACGUUUAGGAAAUGACUCAUAUUAUGACCAAAUCAUUAUAUCAGCAACUUCAGACUCUAUGGACUCAACAGCGAAAACAUUUAUGUCAAAAGUUCAAGCCUCUGUCGUUAAAGUUCCAGACAGUGAACUCAUUGAAUUUCUUCAACGUUACAUUCGACGUAAGAGGAAAUAUUAUGCCAUCGUUGAAUUUAUACAGUCAGGAAUGCAAAAGACUUCAGAAGAGAUGGAAAGAAUUAUUGACAAACACCACUUACGUCAAUACUCAGGAGUUUACGAUAUGAAACGACUUACAAACUACAUUCUGUCAAAACUUUCAAAAUACCCCUUCAAAAAGUAUCCUUCAAACACUCUGCUCGUUUGCGACGACUUCGCCGGAAAAGGUUUAGUGUCAAAGCCUGACUCACCAUUAGCUAA